AGGGUUUCUUUGUUCAGCCCCCAAAUGUUCGGGCUCCAAUGUUUGAAGCCUAAACUAUUUUAUUUUCUAGAACAUCUUCAAAACAUUUCUCGAGAAAAGGUCCAACCAAAGCAGCUCUAAGCAGCCCCAACACUCCCAACCAAACUUUAUUGACGUUUAAGUUUUUUUAUUUGUCUAUCUAUUCUCUAUGUAUAAUAUCUAUCUAUUUAUAAGUCUUUUUCUAUGGUCUUAAUUGUCUAUAUAAUAGUGAAUAGUCUGUGUAUGUAUCUAUGGUUUAAGUAACCAUCAAUCUAAUAUUUAGAUAAAUGAAAAUGCUACUAAAUAGUGUAUUUCUAAUGGCCUCAUUCUGAGUAAAGUGUACAAAACACAUUAGUCAGUUCGGUAUUCGGUAAAAAAUGUCAUCGCUUGGAUCCGUCAGCACUGGAUUUCUAUAAAAGUGUUUCAAGUGUUGAAUUAUGCCCCCCAAAAAGCGGAAACCAACCCCCACAGUGGUGGGUACAGUUUCAACGAGAUCCACCCGCCGAGAAAGUGUGGUAAAAAUUGCAAUUCAGAAUGCGUCGCCCAUUAAAGCCCCUGACAAGCAGUCGGAUCUUUCGCCCGACAAUACAAGUGAAGAACCGAGUCCGGAGCCAGCCGUUGCCCGGCCAGAAAUAAUGGAAAUUUUAAAAGAUUGGUCUGAUGAUGACGAUACGAAUGAAAAUAUGGAAAUUUAUCGCCCGCAACAGGAAACUACUGAUCAACAGUCCUUGAUAGAUAUCCUGGAAGGGCGCCAGCCUGAGCCUGCUCCUAAGGAAGCAGCAAAAAGCUUCCCAAUGUCUGAGCAUUUUAAAAAGUCCUGGAGUAGAAGAAAUUUGGCGGAAAACCCCGUAGUGAAUGCGGACAGCCCGAAGUCCGACGAGCCAAACAUAAUCGAGGAAUGUGUGGUGGAUGAUGACAGUUUUAUCAUAAUUCUUCCAGAGGAACAAGCAGCUGCAGCCAAAAACGAUCAUCAGCAAGAAGGCUGCAAUUCCCUAUCAGAAUCCUUUGAGAGCUUCAGCAUUUCUUUAGAAUCAUCUAGGGAAGGCGACAGUAAAUCGGUACUCUCAGAAGACACGUCUUCACAGAGCAUGAUAACAGUUGAAUCCGAUCAUAAUGACGUUCCGACAUCAGAAAAUUCAUUAAAUCACCAGAAUUGUGAUAGCACCUCAGAGCCUACGAUGCACUCGGGCGCUUUUCGCAGACAACUUGGUGAAAGCAGCGUUGAGAAGACUUUAUGUAAGCAAAUCACCGACACAAUGAAAAUUUGUGAGGAGACAAACAGUCCAAGACGCAGUGAAGAGUCGGCUAAGUGCUCCAGCAGCUCAAGCAAAAAUCAGUCCGGGGACUCUGAUGUUGAAAUCAUUUCGCCCCAACUCUCGCCCAGCAUUGUAAAAACAAAAAUAAUUUACAAGAAAACUAAACAACAACAGGCAAAGUCGCCAAUUGCUAAAAUCGAAGUUGACCAUGAACGCACGGAAGACUCGCAAGGCAAAAAAGGAGAACUACUUGCUUCAGAAGUAGUCUCAAAGUCAGCAACGGCUGUAACGAAGAAGUCGUUGAAGGGGCAAAAGACGAAGACUUCUUCAUCCAAAUCCUUAGAUGCAAUAAGGGUGGACAUCGACGCUUGUAUUGAUGCGGUUAUUCGGAAAUUUACUUCCGAAGUAGAUAGCGAUAAAGGCAAGCCAAUUGCAAGUAAAGGCAAAGUGAAAAAAGGCAAGAACGGAAAAGGGAAAAAGGAUGAAAAAAGUGGCGAAUUAUCCGAAGAAGUUAGAAGAAGAUCUGAUCGAAUCAAGACCUUUCCGAUGGUUAAGAAAAAGUCCCAUGGCUUGGUUAAAUCCAAGUCUGAACCAAACUUGCCUCUGGAGGUGGAAAAUUCAGACAGCAACGACAACGAUAAACAGCCGCAUGAUUCACCUCCUCACUUAAGCAAGCCGGAGAAAAGCAAACCUAAAGCCAAAUCAACAGAGAAUUUGCAAUUGAGCAGUGUCUCAUUGCCUAGUUUAUCGCCGGAGCUCCCAAAACCCACUGAUAUAAAGGCGGCUAAGAGCGGCCAAGAUGAAAUUGAAGAGAGACUGAAGAGUUUUCAGCACCUGAAGGAAAACCAGUACAAAACGGACAGGCAAGUGUCCAAAGAAGCAAAAGACAUGGUUUGCGACUGCUACCUAGCAGAAGAAGACAUCAAAAACGACGAAUACGGAUGUGGGGACGAUUGUUUGAACAAACUUCUCAUGAUAGAAUGCGGCGAACUGUGCCAGGUAGGAGACAGGUGCACCAACAAACGGUUCCAAAAAAGCGUUUUUGCACCAGUGGAAGUUUUCAAAACGGACAAGAAAGGCCUGGGCCUGAGAGCAGCCGCUAACAUCGCAUAUGGCGAAUUUAUUCUAGAAUACGUUGGCGAAGUCCUAAAUGCAGACGAGUUUGAUAAAAGAGCGGAGGUUUACUCGAAGGACAAAAAUAUCCACUUCUACUUCAUGUCUUUAAGAGCAGACGCUGUAAUUGAUGCAACGAUGAGAGGUAACAUUUCUCGCUUUAUCAAUCAUUCAUGUGACCCUAAUGCGGAGACCCAAAAAUGGACUGUUAACGGCGAGUUGAGAAUCGGGUUCUUCAGCACCAGAACGAUCUUGGCUGGGGAGGAAAUUACCUUUGAUUAUCGCUUCGAAAGAUAUGGCAAAGAAGCGCAAAAAUGUUACUGCGAAGCACCGACUUGUCGCGGAUGGCUUGGCGAUCGUCCAGAUGAAUCUGAGGACGAAGACGAAGAGGAUGAAGAUGAAGCCACCGAAGUGGCUGCUGAGCCAGCAAAGCCUCCAGCUGAAGAAAGCGCCGUUGUGGCCAAGGAGCAAUUGGAAUCAACGAGUCUUCAAAGCGACAUUCCUACUCCCAUGGACACUGCGGAAGUUGCCAGUGUUUCCGCAGAUCAAAUUCAAACUGAGCCUUCCAUUACGCCCGAGCGACUGGAAUCGCCUAAGAAAGCUGGCAAGAAGAAAUUGCGCAAGGAAGUGCUGUUUGAGGACUUUGAUCAACUCAAUGACGACAUCGAAAUGUUGGUAACAACCGGCCUGAAGAACCAAGCUCACACACUGAAACUGAGCAGAUUGAUGGUGAGAUCUAAAGAUCAGGAACAACGCAAGAAGUUGCUUCGUGUUUUGCGGAGAGGAGAACUUCCAUGUCGAAGAUUGUUUUUGGAUUAUCAUGGAUUAAGGUUGAUGCACGGAUAUAUGAUUGAUGCCCAGCAGUUGAAGAGCGGAGAUGGCAAAGUGAUCUACACCCCAUUGGACAUCAUCCAAACCAAGUUGGAACUGCUGCAAACCCUGGCGGUUCUGCCCAUACAAAGCAAAACUAUUCUCAUUGAAAGCAAAGUCUUACCAGCCGUUGAAAAGUGGGCGAAGAAUGAAGAUAUCGUCGAAGAAGGAGACGUGAAGAAGUCGCCAAACGACACCGAUAGGGAGAUGGACGAUCCACUGGCAAAGGAGAAAAUCGACGAAACCAAGUUCCUGGCGACAAAGCUCUUAGAAGAAUGGAUUAACUUGAAGGAGAGUUUUCGUAUUCCGAAAAAACAGCGAAUCGAGCAAAUGAAGGAGCAUGAAAAGGAAGCCAACAGGAAAUUCAUGGAAAGUAGUUACGCGCAAGAAAAAGAGUCCUCGAGGAAAAACGAUCAGCGCCAUCGAACCUGGUCGCGGUACAAAUCGGAAAGAGAGGGCAGCAAAAAGAGCAGGUUUGACGACAAAGACCGCCCGUCAGCGGAAUUUUUGAAGAUCAGCAAGCACGAGCGAAGAAAGCUGUUUGCACUGCAGAUGGAACUGAAAGAGGAGGAACGCAGAUUGAAGCAAAGGGAGUUAUGGCGUCAGCACGAGAUGAACUGCAUGAUGAUCGGGGCCGACCCACGAUUUACAGCUCCUUUUGAUCCCACCAAAGGGUUCCAAUACAUUUGGAAUCCUGCCGUGGGCCAAUGGCAAGCUCUACCCGUCCCUGCAGUGCAGAACCAGGGAAUGUAUGGCUCACCUGCUCCAGCACAAGGCUACAACGUACCACCUCAUAAGCAACCUUUGCUGGGACCGUAUUCCAAUCCAUUGAUGAACAUUCCGGGACUGCCAGGCAGCCAACAAUAUCCAGCGCUGGCACCCAUGGUGUCCGGCUUACCUACACAGGGUGUCGCACAUCCAGGCGCAGCCAUGCCCGGUUCCGUACAUUCUUUGCCUGGAAUCUCGCAACCCCCGUUGCAAGUUAUGCCCUUGUACCAGGAAGUGAAGCCGGAAGAUCCCUCUCAGGUGAAAUUUGCUGGGCCGAUCCCGCCACCAGCCAAAUUGCCGCCCAAAUGGAAAUGUGCAAAGGACAAGUAUGGGCGCCCUUAUUAUUACCACGUGAAACUCAGGAAAAGCCAAUGGGAGCCGCCGCUUUUCCCUGAACCCACCCUCGAGGACUCUUCUGAGUCUUCAACUUCCGAGACCAGCAGUUCUUCAGAAUCGAGCUCAGACUACGGGACUGAUGAGGAAGUCGACGACUCGAAAAUGCUGAUGGACGUGCGGAGGGAACUGGAGCGCACCUUAAAAGCGCCGCUAAAGUCCCCCUUGCCCGAACAUCUGAAACAGGAGGAACAAGUAUCUGUAACCCCCAGUCCUGAAGUGAAGGCCGAUUCUGAAAACGAUGAAACCGAACCAAGCGCGCAGGUGAAAGAAGAAAGCAAAGACGAACCCAUGUCUUCCAUAGAUAUUCGACUAAAGGAGCAGUUUAACCUGGACAAUGCUGAGCCCUCAAAGAAGAAACGGCGCGUUGGGUUGUGCCAGGAAAUCAUUAUCAGUCCACGCACUAAGGAAGAUCGACAACAGUUCAAAGAGGACGUGAAACGGUACAAAGCCACUAAAGAAAAACUGAAGCGCCAAAAGGAGCAAAUGGUGCAACAAGCCAAGAAGAAGCUGAAAAUCGAGCCGGCAGACGAGAAGCCCAAGAAAGUUAGGGAAAAGCGCUCAUCGAAAACGCGCACUAAAGAAACCACCGAGUGGAAUGACGAGAAUGCGAGAAAAAUCAAAGAAAACUUCAGAUCGAACAUGGCAAACACCGUAGUGAGCGUGUUGAACGCUUACAGAAAACCCGACUGUAAAGAAGCCCGCAUUACGAACACUGAGGACUUCAAGCAUUUGGCUAGAAAAUUAACUCACUUUGUGAUGCUGAAGGAAAUCAAGCACCUCCUCAGUAUAGAUGAGCUGGUUUGCACGGACAACGUAAAAGCUAAAGCCAGAGAAUACAUCAGGAAGUAUAUGAGUAAGUUUGGAGAAGUGUAUCAGAAAAGGCAUGAUGAGCCCGAUUUCAAAGAUUAAUAAUUAAACAUUGUUUGGAAAACUAAA